UUCAGCUUUCCAGCUUUCCAUAUUUUCAGCAGCACGGCCAUGUCAGAUACAGGACCCGCGCACCCGCAGACCACCAUCUACUUUAUCCGACACGGCGAGACCGAGGUCAACCGGCGCAACUGCGUGCAAGGUAAGCGCAUCGACCCGCCGCUCAACGAGCGCGGGCGGCAACAGGCAGUGCACGUGGGUUUGCGGUUUCAGAAGGCUCCGGUGGACUGGAUAGUGACAUCGACGUCCAAGCGCGCAAUUGAGACCGGCGCAGCCGUAGCCCAGUACCACACCGGGGUGCCGUUUGAGCACUUUGACGAGCUCAACGAGCUCGAGUUUGGCGAUCUCGAGGGCAUGCAUGUCACAGCCGGCUACAACGACCUGAUCAAACAAUGGGACCGCCAGCACCUGGCCGAGGUCAAGGCGCCUGGUGAGCGCGGUGAGUCACCGAAGACCUGUGCACAGCGCGCACUGCCACGGCUGCAGCAGAUUGUGGAUGACGCAGUGGCGAAGGGACGGCGGCACGUGUGUGUGGUUGUGCACUCGCGGUUGAUCCAGAUCCUCAUGGCGUGGCUGAUCGAUGGGUCGCUGGACACGAUGCUAAAGUACAAGCAGAAGAAGGCGGCUGUCAAUGAGGUGCUGGUGUUUGCUGAGCCGUCGCCCUACUGCCGAGAGGGCGGGGUAAUGGCGCAGUACCGGUUUGUUCCGGGAGAGGUCAACAGCACAUCGCAUAUGCCCGACGACGUUGUUUCACGCGUGUCAAGCGCAACCAGCCUGACCAACCGCAACCCGCAGGAGGAGCGCAUCCGGUUUGUCAGCGACCAGGGUGGCAAUGUGGUGCUUAAACACAUGUAAUUAGCAUAAUCGGUACACGACUCCUUUUGAAAUAAACCCAUU